CGAAAGUUAAAAGGCACACUUCUUUCUUCUUCUUCUUCGUAUUCAGAACCUCUCGCCUGCCUCCAGAUUUCUCUCUAGCCUCUGUCUUAGGAUGUCGAUCUUUGAGUACAACGGAAGUGCCCUAGUGGCGAUGGUGGGGAAGAAUUGCUUCGCCAUUGCUAGUGAUCGGCGGCUCGGUGUACAGCUGCAGACCGUCGCCACUGAUUUCGAGAGGAUUUACAAAAUCCACGGCAAGCUCUUUCUCGGACUCUCCGGCCUCGCCACCGAUGCCCAAACUCUGUAUCAACGGCUUGUAUUCCGCCACAAGUUAUAUCAACUUAGAGAAGAGAGAGAUAUGAAGCCAGAGACUUUUGCCAGCCUUGUAUCUGCAAUCUUAUAUGAGAAAAGGUUUGGUCCAUACUUCUGCCAACCUGUGAUUGCUGGAUUGGGAGAUGAAGACAAGCCUUUCAUUUGUACUAUGGAUUCUAUUGGAGCAAAAGAACUUGCCAAAGAUUUUGUUGUUGCGGGUACUGCCUCAGAAUCACUGUAUGGUGCCUGUGAAGCAAUGUACAAGCCUGACAUGGAACCCGAGGACUUGUUCGAGACAAUCUCUCAGGCACUCGUGUCUUCAGUUGACCGUGACUGUUUGAGUGGUUGGGGAGGACAUGUUUACGUUGUUACCCCAACUGAAGUGACAGAAAGAAUCUUGAAGGGCAGGAUGGACUAAACACUUUCUUCAUGGGGGUCUAUUAGCUUCAUGUUUUUCUGUCAUUUCCUCCAUUGCAAUGAUCAUAUGUUUCUGUCACACUAAUUAAUGUACUCUUUCUUAAACUUGUGUCGAAUGCUUCUAGUCUGAGUUCUGUUGCUUUCUUAUUACUUUAAAAGGUCCCAUUACUUCAUUUCAGUAUUUUUAUUACUACAAAACUAAUUCGAAUUUAGUCAAA